AUCUGGCAACCAUUUAAAGACAUCACGUGGGAACUCGUAGCCAAUCACACGACGACAUAUCCACAACACAGGCGCGAAACGAAAGUGUCGUUCCGCUUGACCAUCAACCAUCUUCACGUGAAGAGACAUGGAUGUGCCUCAAAAGCGAAAACGCGUGAGCCACGAAAUAACAAAUAAACAGGUUUUAAACAGCCAACCCACUCCGUCGACCAGCACAGAUGGCCAAAGCGAAGGUUUUGUGGAGGGCUCGAUAAUGCGCAUUACUAUGCAUAACUUCCUCACAUAUGACCACUCCGAGGUUUUCCCCGGACCCAAACUCAACAUGAUUGUGGGUGCCAACGGCACAGGCAAAUCCAGCAUAGUGUGUGCCAUAUGCCUGGGCCUGGCAGGAAAACCGGCUGUCCUGGGCAGAGGAGACAAGGUUGGUGUGUAUGUUAAGCGAGGGUGUAAUAAAGGCUCAGUUGAGAUUGAGUUGUACAGAGCACAAGGAAACUUGGUAAUCACCAGAGAGAUUCAGGUUGAGAACAACCAGUCGUCAUGGAUGAUCAAUAAGAAGCACGCCAGUCAGAAAGCUGUAGAGGAGGCAGUGAAAGAGCUGCGUAUUCAGGUUGGAAACUUGUGCCAGUUCUUACCUCAGGAGAAAGUUGGUGAAUUUGCCAAGAUGUCAAAACUGGAGCUCCUUGAAGCCACCGAAAAAUCAGUUGGUCCUCCAGGAAUGUUUGAAUACCACAUAGAACUGAAGACAUUUCGCCAAAAGGAAAAGGAACUCCAGACUGCCUGUCAGGAGAAAGCAAACUUUCUUGAAAAAACCAGACAGCGACAUGAGCGUAACAAACUGGAUGUGGAGCGCUACUACAUGAAGAAGAGACACUUGGACCGGAUCCAGAUGCUGGAGAAGAAGAAACCCUGGGUGGAGUAUGAAACUUCACGUAAGGAGAUGGAGGAAGUGAAGAAAGAGAGGGAUGAAAUAAAGCAAAGGCUUAAGUCACUGAAAGAAGCUCAGGAGCCUCUGCUCAGAAAGAUUCGCUCUGUGGAGACUCAGCUGCAGCCCAUUGAACAGCAGAUGAAGGAAAUGUCUGCCAGCAUCAAAGAGGCAACACAGAGGUGCAAGCAGAAACAGGAUCAGCUUGAAUCAAAGAACAGGAAGGUUGAUGACAUCAGACAGCAACUUAGUCUGAAGCGGACAGAAGAGGAGGACCGGCAGAAGCGAAUUGGCCAUACAGAACUCAUGAUCAAAGACCUUCAGAAGGAACUUCUGAACAUUGGGGAUCAGGAGGACGUCACACCUCAGAUCGAUGCCAUCAAUGUCGAACUGAAGAGCAUUCAGGAGAAAAAAGCCCGGCUGGAGAGCGAGACCUUGGACCUGCGCCGAGAAAAGGACGAAGCCUUUGGAGAACUUGCCCGUUUGCAAAAUCGUAUGAAGAGUGUGAAUGACAUAAUGAAAAUGAAAGAGGAGAAACUGCGCGCACGUUUCCGUGACACGUACACCGCUCUCAUGUGGCUGAGGAAGAACCAGGGUCUUUUUAAAGGGAACGUCCAUGAGCCCAUGAUGCUGGUGAUAAAUGUACGUGAAUCACGGUAUGCAAAAUAUGUCGAGAGCCACAUUCCCCUCAAAGAUUUGCAAGCUUUUGUAUUCCAGAAGCAGGAGGACAUGGAGAGGUUCAUGUCUGAGGUGCGAGACUCACAGAACUUAAGGGUUAACAGCGUCAUCGCGCCAGCAGAGUCAUGCUCAAACCGACUACCAUCACGACCACUCGAGACGCUAAAGCGAUAUGGCUUCUUCUCGUACUUGCGUGAGCUGUUCGAAGCUCCAGAGGAGGUCAUGAGUUACUUAUGCUAUCAGUACAAAGUCAACGAUGUACCUGUGGGAACGGAGACCACCAAGAAUAUGAUCGAGAGGGUUAUUAGAGAGGCACAGCUGAGGAUGAUCUACACAGCUGAGGAAAAGUACACAGUAAAGACGUCUGCCUACUCUAACAAUGUGAUCUCCAGUAACUCCGCCCUACGCCCCUCUCAAUUUCUCACCAUGGCCAUAGAUGCUGAUGAGAGACGACAACUGGAGGACAAUCUGAGAGCAGCAGAGGACCGAGUGAAGACCAUUGAUAAUCGGAUGCAGGACAUUCGUGAGCAACAAAAUGUUCUGUGUCGCCGUGAUAAUGAGCUGCGUGCUAAAAAGAAGCAACUCUCUGAGCAGAAAGCCAAAAAGAGACAACUGGAGCAGAAGAUCAGCACAAAACAGGACAGUUUGAGGCAGAUGCAACAGAACAAAAUCGACUUGGAGGCUGUUGAAGAGGAAACAAACACAAAGAUCUCUGCUGUGAACAAACAGAAACUGGCCAUAGUGGAAGAGUAUUUGAGUCACAUGAAGGAAAAGUCCAGGCUGAGUAUGGAGAAGGUGUAUUUGGCUCUGCAGAGCGCAGGUCUUGCUGCCGAAAAAACCAAGCUGGAGACGGACUGCAGAGAAAGUUCGGCUGAACUCAAGCGAACUGAGCAUGCGUAUACCAGACUGGACCAAGUGAAGACCAACCUGUUGGCCACGUGCAAGACCUUGUUGACAAGGGCCAGAGGGAUCUGUAACAUGACUUCAGGACAGACGGCAGUCCCAGAGGAAUUACAUACAGCGUUUGGCCAGUUGCCUGAUACUCUGGAUGAGAUUGAUGCAAUGUUGAAUGAGGAGAGGACCAGAGCUGAAUGCUUCACCGGCCUCAAUGAGAAUGUGGUGGAUGAAUAUAACCGUCGUGAGCAGGAGAUUAUUACCAUGGAGAAGGAGCUGGACGAUAAGACAAAUGAUCUAAACAAUUACAGACAAAGCAUUGCUGAGGCUAAGGAAAACUGGCUGAAUCCUCUGAAACUGUUGGUUGAUCAGAUAAACGAGCGGUUCAGUGAUUUCUUCCGCUCUAUGCAAUGCGCUGGAGAGGUGGAUCUACAUUCAGAGAAUGAUGAGGAGUAUGAUAAAUACGGCAUCCGUAUCCGUGUGAAGUUUCGCAGUGACACGCAGCUGCAUGAGCUCACCCCUCACCAUCAGAGCGGAGGAGAGCGCAGUGUAUCCACUAUGCUUUACCUUAUGUCCCUGCAGGAGCUCAACCGCUGUCCAUUUAGAGUGGUGGAUGAGAUCAAUCAGGGCAUGGACCCAGUCAACGAAAGACGCGUGUUUGACAUUGUUGUGAGGACAGCUUGCGGCAGAAAUACUUCACAAUAUUUCUUUAUCACGCCAAAGCUCUUGCAGAAUCUGCAGUAUGCUGAAGACAUGACGAUACUUUGUGUGCACAACGGGCCCUACAUGUUGCCUCCAAACAAGUGGAACACUAAAGCAUUCAUCAGACGGGCCAGGCGUCGAAAUGUUUAGUGACAACUGGUGUUGCCCUACUAAGGGUGUGUUGGUUGAUUUUGAGGUAUCCAGCAAGAAGAAUGUCAGUGAUGUUUAGUCCACAUGCUGUCUUAAGCACUUUCAUACGAAGUUUAGUUUUGAUGUGAUAGAGACAUCCAAAUAUUUACAUAUGUAGAGGUUCCAAUGAACCAUGAGUUCAAACAGUUUUAAAGGAAAUAAACACCGUAAGAGCUUAAAGUUAAAACAGCACAGGAAAGGUUGUAAUAUC